AUGACUGCGACUAAUGACCCAUCACCACCCAGUCGCCCGCGCAAGUCACUUAUCCUCAAUGCCUUCGUUGAGAUGUGCAGCGGCCACCAAUCCCCAGGUCUAUGGCGCCACCCCGAGGAUGAAUCCUAUCGUUUCAACGACAUUGACCACUGGAUCGAAUUAGCGAAACUCCUAGAAUCGGCCAAAUUCCACGGCAUCUUCAUUGCAGAUGUUCUUGGAGGUUAUGAUGUAUACAAAGGGCCCAGAAACCUGGAGCCGGCGAUAGUUUCUGGAGCCCAGUGGCCGGUUAAUGAGCCCUUGGCUGUGGUGCCUGCUAUGGCGGCUGUCACGCAGAAUAUAGGGUUCGGGGUGACUGUCACGACAACUUAUGAGCAGCCAUAUCACUUGGCUAGACGGCUUUCGACUAUUGAUCAUUUGACUAAGGGACGAGUUGGUUGGAAUAUCGUGACUGGAUACCUUGACUCUGCUGCCCGAAACCUCGGUCAUACUCAGCAACCACAGCACGACGACCGCUACGCGAUCGCCGAAGAAUACAUCAAAGUGGCAUACAAACUUUGGGAAUCAUCCUGGAGAUCCGACGCCGUCGUCCUUGACCGAGAACGGGGAAUCUACACCGAUCCAUCCCGAGUCCGAGAAAUCAACCAUGUGGGAAAAUACUUUAGCGUCCCCGGUCCACAUAUCUGCCAACCCAGCCCCCAGCGGACACCUGUCAUUCUACAAGCCGGCACCUCAAAGUCCGGAAAGGCCUUCGCGGCUCAACACGCCGAAGCGAUCUUUGUCGCCGGACAUAGCCCCGUCGUCGUGGCGAAGAACGUAGCGGAAAUCCGCGAGUUGGCGAAGACGCAGUUCGGGCGCGAUCCGCAGAGUAUCAAAUUCCUGGCUCUUCUUUGCCCUGUCCUUGGUCGGACGGAGGAAGAGGCUCAGGAGAAAUUCAAAUAUUAUCGCAGUUUGGGGUCGAUCGAUGGGGCGUUAGCUCUAUUUGGUGGGUGGACUGGCAUUAACCUGGAUACGUAUGGCGAUGAUGAGGAGCUGCGCCAUGUAGAGAGUAAUGCUAUCCGUUCCGCUGUCGAAGGGUGGUCCAAGGCCACACCCGGCGUCGAUAAAUGGACUAAGUCCACCGUCGGGCAGCAUAUCACUGUGGGCGGCUUGGGGGCAACCCCAGUUGGGACACCCCAGCAAGUAGCGGACGAGAUGGAGCGAUGGGUGGAAGAAGCGGACGUUGAUGGAUUCAAUCUUGCAUACGCUGUCAAGCCCGGUUCGUUCAAGGAUAUUAUCGAACUUCUAAUUCCGGAACUUCGCCGUCGUGGGCUAUUCUGGGAGGAGUAUGCGGUCAACAAGGGCACAUAUCGGGAGAACCUUUACGGGAAGCCGGGACAAAGUGGGCCACCAACCGAUCAUCCAGCUGCGAAAUACCGUUGGAAUGCGGGCGUUAAUGCGCAGGAUCAUAAGAUUCCCGAGAAUUAG